ACGGCCAGCAAGCUGUCAGACAGUUGCCAUCAUUUUCUAUGGAUGUAUAAGUUGAAUCUGACAAGAGAUCCCAGAUUUGAGGAUGCAUCAAGUGAAGCUUGUGCUCCAGAAUUAGAGAAGUUCACAGACUGCAAAAACGUGAAUCAAGGAGAGGUGAUUCCUUGCCUUAUUGAACACUACGAAGGUAUUCAGUCAAAACCUUGCAGUAUCUUUCUCACCAAAAUGGCAGGCAUCAUCUUUAGUGACUAUCGCUUCAUGAGCUACUUUAUAAAGAACUGCAAUGACGACAUCGCCAAACUAAAGUGUGGAAGGCUUGAUUCAUUUAAUGAUGAAGAUGAUAGCCCACACUCACAAGGAAAAACCGUGUCCUGUCUCCGGGAACACAGGAAAGAACUUAGCAAGGUCUGCAAGAAGUCUCUCCUGAGAGUGGCCGAACUCCAGUCGGAUGAUUUCCACUUGGACCGCCCACUGUACUAUGCCUGUAAAGCUGACCGUGAAAAUUUGUGUCAUGAUGUGGUUGCCGGAGAAGGUGCAGUUUUCAAGUGUUUGUAUAAGCACCUUAGUGAUGCCAGAUUGUCUGACAAUUGCCGUUUCAAGCUGGAAGAAAGGCAACAGCUGAUAUCCGAAGAUGUACGGAUAGACAAGUCAUUUUAUGAUGCCUGUAAGGAGGAUAUUCAUGAGAAUGACUGCACUAUCGCAGGACACAGAGGAGAAGGCAGCGUAGAGGAAGAUUUAAGCAGAUCCAUUAUUUUGCUUUGUCUAGAGGAAGCACAUGGCGAAAAGAAAAAUUUAAAGCCCGAAUGUCUCCAGGAAAUGUUUGAUCUGCGCUCUGUUCUCAUGGAAGAUUACAACGUGAGCCCUGAGCUGGUCAGUGCUUGUGAGAGCGAGGUCGAGCACUUCUGCCCUCUGAAAAAGGCUGGCAAUGUUCUGCACUGUCUGAUGGAGAAGAUGGUACAGCUGAGAAAUACAGAAGAGGGGGAUGGAUUUGGCUCCGAGUGCAAAGCUGAGGUGACCAAGCUAGUUCAUGUGGUCAACCCGGGAGAAGACAUCCGCCUUGACACCCCACUCAUGCGUUCUUGUGGUGAUGUGGUCAGCCAAGCGUGCUCGGAAUACCAUGCUGGUCAAGGAGAUGUAAUAACAUGUUUGCUGGAAAACUUGGACCAUGAAGACAUGACAGAUGAAUGUGAAAAUGAACUUCUUGUGAUCCAGUACUUUGCUGCUCGAGAUUUCAGACUAGAUUUUCAUCUGUUUAGACAGUGCCGCAACGAUGCCAUAAAACUAUGUCAUGACAGUGGUUUCAGUGACCCAGCUACCAUGAAGCCAGAAGAAGGACCUCUAAUUUUUGCCUGUUUGCAUCGUCAUCUACGUUCAGACAAGGAUGUUAAGCCGUCUCGUCCGUGCAUCCAUGAAAUCAAGCGAGUGAUGAGGGAGAGGUCAGCGAGUGUGAACCUGAUGCCGGAGAUUGAGGAGGUUUGCUUAGAAGAUCUCUCCGAGCAUUGUUCUGACGAUGGAGAGCAUGUGAAGUAUGGAGGAGAGAUGGAUUGUCUGCAGUCGAUUCUUGAUGACUUGGGAGAAAAAUGUCGACUGGCCGUGAUUAACUUCACGCAGGAGACAUCAGAAGAAAUUGAGAUGGACAGAACCUUGAUUAAGUUUUGUACGCCAAUGAUCAAGAGAUUUUGCAAUGAUUUACUGAACAGUGAUGCCAUGCCUAAUGAAGUCCUGACUUGCCUGAUUGAGCAUAAGAAUGAUGACCGCAUGGUGCCAAAGUGUGCAGCUAGCAUUGAGCAUCGCCAGAUUUUAUCAUUGAAAGACUUUCGGUUCAGCAUGAAGUUCCAUGAAGCUUGCCAGGAAUCUGUGUCACAUCACUGCAGAAACAAGAAGACCAAGUAUGAUGUUGUAGCUUGCUUGAGUGAACUUGUCAGAAAUGACACCAUUAGGAACGACGGACAUGAGAGAGUAGAGGAAAGGUGCCGGAAGCAGCUGAAAUUUGAACUCCUACAGCGGGGGGAAGCAGUUGACCUUGAUCCUGAGCUGAAGGAGAAGUGUGAGCAGGAAAUUCAUGACCUUUGUCAGCAUAAGAGAAAAGGAGCCGGAGAGGUCAUGGAGUGUCUGCGGGACCACAAGAGAAAACUGGGCGACUCCUGUUAUAAAGUGGUUUUUCAGAGAGAGAGGGAUGAUGCAAUGUUUGGAGACUAUACUUUGUUGCAUGUUUGCAAGGAGAUGAUCAAGAAACAUUGCCCUACUGAAUCUGAAGAGGCUGACCUCCUGAAGUGUCUCAUAGACAAGAAGGACAUUGACAUUGAUUUUGAUGACAAAUGUGGACAAGUGGUUCAUCGUCGCCAGGUUGAGCAGACUCAAGAUGUCGAACUCAACCCUCGCUUACAGAAGGCUUGUAGGCUAGACAUCCCCAAGUUCUGCACGGAUGUAUUCAAGGACAAGUCCCCAAAAGAUGCCAGGAUGGAAGGCAGAAUCAUUGAUUGUCUGAAGAAGAAUUACGCAUUGAAGAAAAAGGAACUGACAGAAGAAUGUAGCCGGGAGGUUCAGUUCUUGAUCAAAGAAGCGGCUAUGGACAUCAGCCUGAAUCCUCUCCUGUUGAAAACAUGCAAAAGUGAUAUCAAAGAGUUUUGUGCGGACAAAAUUGCCAACCUAAAAACAGAUGAAAACGAUGACGAUGAAGAUUUUGGUGCUUUUGGGAGCGGAACCAUUACUGAAUGCCUGAAGAGUCACUUCAAAAACCUGAAGGACCCAAAAUGUAAAGAGGAGGUGGCGUAUGUUGUGGCAGAGAGUACAAUAGAUGUCCACAUGGACCCACUGCUACACACUGCCUGCCAGCAGGAUCUGGUGGCACACUGCAUGCAUAUUGUUUCUGGUCAAGGCAGACAAAUGGCAUGCUUGCUGACUUCCCUUGAGCAUAACCCAAAUACUUUCACAAAGAAAUGUAAAAAUAUGCUUCAGAGCAGGAAAGAAUUGUGGGAAUCUGCAGCCCAGGUGGCGCCAGCUGAAAGUUUUUCAGAGAUAUUAGACCAGAUGUCAGCAUCACCAGCUCGAAACUAUUUCUUUGCGAUUCUAUUCACCGUCAUUGGCAUCAUUUUUAUUGUGGGACUGACCUGCGGACGCUUCACAAAACGAGUUAGAGCAGAGAUCAAGAACAAAUAG